ACACACGCAGCGGGCUCUUCACUCACCUGCUGCCGACUCACCAGUCACCUGCCGCCGCUGCCGCAGCUCCACGUCCCACCCGGGUCCACACAGCCAGGAGCAGAGACCCCAGCCCGGGACACCCUCCUCCUCCUCUUCCUCCCUCCCUCCUCUUCGACCCCCGGAGGCGUCCCGGCGGAGAGCCGAGUGAGACAUGACGGAGCUGAGGAAGCGAGGCGGCGGCGGAGCGGACACCGACAGCACCGACAACAUCAGCGACAAGGAGGGCGACUGUGAUGACCGGCUGGGUCUGCACGGUGACGCAGACGGAGAAUGUGACGCUGACUCCAAAGCAGACGCUCCAGAUGUUCCUCUCUCCACAGCAGACACAGACAACACUCCACAAUGCCUGAACAAAGCUCUGGAGGGCCUGCCGCCCAGAUGGAAGAACUACUGGAUACGAGGGGUUCUGUCGCUAGCCAUGAUUUCCGGCUUCUUCCUCAUCAUCUACAUGGGACCUAUCGCUCUUUUAUUAAUUGUCAUGACCGUCCAGAUCAAGUGUUUUCAAGAAAUCAUCGACAUCGGAUACAGAGUUUACCGUUCCUACGAGCUGCCUUGGUUCAGGACUCUGAGCUGGUACUUCCUGAUCUGCGUCAACUACUUCUUCUACGGUGAGACGGUGGCGGACUACUUCGGGGCUCUGGUGCAGAGGGAGGAGCCUCUGCAGUUCCUGGCUCGCUAUCACCGCUUCAUCUCCUUUGCUCUGUACCUCGCAGGUUUCUGCAUGUUUGUGCUGAGUUUAGUGAAGAAACAUUACCGCCUGCAGUUUUAUAUGUUUGCUUGGACCCAUGUGACCCUGUUGAUUGUGGUAACUCAGUCCCACCUUGUCAUUCAGAACCUGUUUGAAGGAAUGAUCUGGUUCAUCGUUCCGAUCUCCAUCGUGAUCUGUAACGACAUCGGGGCCUAUCUGUUUGGAUUCUUCUUCGGGAGGACGCCUCUCAUCAAGCUCUCGCCCAAGAAGACCUGGGAGGGCUUCAUCGGCGGUUACUUCUCCACUGUGGUGUUCGGCUUCAUCCUGGCGUACCUCCUGGCUCGGUUCCAGUACUUCGUGUGUCCUGUGGGAUUCAACAGUGAGACCAACGGCUUCACAGUGGAGUGCGAGCCCUCGGAUAUCUUCGUGAUGCAGGAGUACACACUUCCUGCCGUCAUACAAAACCUUGGGACAUGGAAAACAGUGAACCUCUAUCCGUUCCAGAUCCACAGCAUCUUCCUCUCGUCCUUCGCGUCGCUCAUCGGGCCGUUCGGCGGAUUCUUCGCCAGCGGCUUCAAGCGAGCAUUCAAAAUCAAAGACUUUGCCAGCACCAUCCCCGGACACGGCGGCAUCAUGGAUCGCUUCGACUGCCAGUACCUGAUGGCCACCUUCACCCACGUCUACAUCGCCAGCUUCAUCAGGGGUCCGAACCCGAGCAAGGUGCUGCAGCAGCUGCUGAUGCUUCAGCCCGAGCAGCAGCUCAGCAUCUUCCACACACUGCACUCCCAGCUGAGAGAGAGGGGCAUGCUCCCCCCCGCCGUGGCCCAGGCCGAGUGAACGACUCCACGGGGGGAUGACGGGGGGAGUGUGUGUGUGUGUGAUGGUGUGGAUAGUUUGUGUAGGCAUGUACACACACACACACAGACAGACACACACACACUCGCACGUAUCCCAGGCCCCUCCUCCUUGCUCCCGUGGUCAUCCCGCCGCCUCGUCACUCGACUACAAACCAGCGCCACAUCCCACCUGAA